AUGAGUGGUGACCGGCCGGUGCUCAUCAUCGACAAUGGCGGCUACACGCUAAAGGCGCUUUACAUUCCGGACCCAAGCAACACGGCAUUGCAGCCGCCGCGGCAAGCGGUUGUGCCGAACUGCGUGGGCGCCGCGUCCUUUGCUGGUCGAGGCAUCGUCGGCGAGCAACUCUUCAAAAUGCCACACUUUCACGGGUUUAUGCUGCGCCGCCCCGUUGACCGCGGCUUUGUUGUGGAUGCAACGCUGCAGAGUUAUAUCUGGGAGUACCUGCUGCAGUACUUUGCCAUCGCGGAUGAGAGUGACGUGGAACUCGUGCUCACCGUCCCCUUCGCAGCACCAAAGCAGGUGGGGGAGCUGCUGCACUAUUUGGUUGCGCAGCGCUUUAAAUUUCGAGCACUGACAGUCGUGAGCGCCACGUUCCUUGCCCUGGUGGCCGACGCCUCCCGAGACUGGUUGCACCGCAACGUACAUGAAAGCUGCCGUGAGGAUGACGAGGCUGGUGGCGGCUGCGGGAUGGUGGUGGACUUUGGCUUCUCCGCCACAACUGUGGUUCCUUAUGUCGACUUCCUCCCUAUACGAGAAUCCGCCGUGCGGGUUGACGUUGGUGGCAAACUUCUCUCGAAUCGCCUGAAGGAGCUUAUCUCUUUCACGCAAGUAAACAUGACCGAAGACGGGUGGCUUGUCAACCACAUCAUGGAACGGUGUUGCCACGUAGCGCUGCAGCCGAAAGCAUCCUUGCGAGCAGCUCAGCGGCAAAAGCAGCGGGGUAAAAGCAGCAGCAGUAGUAGCAUUAGUGAUGGCGGUGGUGGUAUUUGUUAUGGCAAUGGGAAUGCGGCGGGGCUGCGAUAUUAUUUGCCAACUAUACCGCCCCUCAUGCCGCUGGGGUGUCGUGAGGAGGAGCUGCAUGCGGUCCUUGGCGGCGAUGGGUCGGGGGUGGAACGGCAUGAGCUGCAGCAUCUUCUCUUCCACCAUGAGGCCUUUCUCAUCCCGGAGCUUCUUUUUCACCCGGUGGAUGUUGGCAUCCAACAGAUGGGCGUCGUCGACGCGAUUGCACGCGGUACGGGCAGCCGCGGGAUGCUGCGUGAUGCCCCCACUCUGCACGCCGCCCUGCUCCACCACAUUGUUGUAUUUGGCGGCACCGCAAAUUUCCCACAACUGCGCGAGCGCCUUCAGGAGGAGCUGCGGAAGGAAUUUACCGCCUGUAGCACGUCGGCUUCCCUGCAGCCACCGGUGGAGCGACUCCGCAUGGCGCCUCACGCCAUCGAUGUGGACGACACCGCCAUCGGCUACUCCGCCCACGACAGCGAGCUUCAGCCGCUGUACGGGGCCCUGGCACUUUUUACGUGCCCCUCUCGUCAACCACAACUGCGGCUUUUGCGCAGCCGGUGCCAUGUUGAUUUAACAACUCUGCGAAAAAACAAAACGGGCGUGGGACGCGCACAAGCGUCGGUGGCGCUAAAAACACAAAAGACACUUUUGGAUGCCAUGCAGCAUCUCCCAUGA